AUGUCAGAACAUUUCUUGUCUCUGGAAUUCUGUUACGUUUCUAGCUCUAUUGACGAUGUCCUCGGUGAUCUUCUUGAGCAAAGGAAUAGUUUACACUUCUGUCUCCUAAAUCUCCAUCUUUUAUUCCCAGAUGACAUUCCGUUUAAAUCUAGUAAGCCUGUCUCAUUUGGCAACAGUGGAGGGAGACCCAAAGGAGUUGCCUCACAGGUCAACAAAAAGGACCUUCUGGAUGAUGACUUCUUUAGUAAAAUGGCUCAUGAGAAAGAGAUGGAGGCAGAGGAUCCUGAUAUCUCAGAUGUAGACCCAGAAGCUCUUCUAGAGACUUUGGAGGAUAUGGAUGCCAUGGAUGCUGAUCUUUUGGGCAUUAAAAAGCCAAAUUCUGGGCCUAUUCAGAAACCCAUGAAGGAUGUGGCGAAAUCUCAGCCUUUAUCUGAACGAACAAGGUUUGCUAAGAAAACUGGAGCUGAUGAGAAGGAUUCUGAACGUGGAAUGGAUAAGAAACCAAGUACGGCUCCUGCCAUGUCCAAACAACUGAAACAGAAGUUGUCCUUUGAAGAUGUGGAUGACCCUUUGGCAGGCCUAUUGUCCAAUGGGGAAGAGGACAUGGUGAAGAUAUCUGCUACCAAAAGUACUCCAGAGACUAAUGCUGGAAUAUCUAAAGAGAAAGGAGUAUCUUUGCCUGCCACACCUGGCCACGCUGCUGUCGCUGAACAGAAGAGGGAGGAGCUGAAGUUUGAGGAUGAUGGGAACGGCCUCAUGGAUACUCUGGGGCUAGGUGACAGCUUCAGGGCUGAGUUGAAAGCUGGCAGAAAGGGUGACAACGGGGAGCCUCGUCCUGCUCGAUCCAUGCUGGAUGAAUUGCUGGGACGAGGAACAUCUACAAAGCUGCUAGAGCGACUGAACAGAGGAGAACCCAAGGAAUUCAAGCUGGAUAAGAAAUACAAAAAGCAAGCAGAUAAGGAAGAUUCUUGGGGAGAUGAGUUCACUUUUGGAGCCUACCAACCCACUGUGGCCUCUGCUCCAGAGGGCCGGCAGUCAAGACACCAGUCUGCCAGGUUUUCCUCUGAGAACCUCAGUGAGCUGAAAACAGGCCAGAGAUCCAAACCUUCCACCCCAGUAUCUGCUAGCCCCAUCCGCAGCAAGACUGGAGCUGAUUGGCUGGGACUGAAAGAUGAAGAUUUUGACUCACCACCUUCUUCUCCACCAAAGGAAUUUAAGAAGGGUGACCUUAGAGGAGCUGCUCUGGAGAUAUCCUCUAGUCCUUCUGAUGAUGAGCAUCCCCUUCAAACAAGAUCCAAGUUAGCAGCUGAAGAAGGAACACAGAAGCCUGAACCCAUGAAAGACGAUGGUGACAGCUGGCUGAGUAAUGUCUUAUCUCAGAAAAAAGCUGAAAUCUCAAGCACUCAAGCUCAGGAAAAGGUAGAGGAGAAGAGAGCUGAACCCUCAGACCCUGCGAGAUAUGGAGAAGUGGCCCCUGUUCUUCUUUCCAGCCACCCUGCUACUGCCACACGAAAGCCACAGCGGUCAGAUGUCCGUGCAAACAAGGUUGCCUCACUGAAAGAGCCUGGGCCUCCCGUGACAUUGUUAAAUGCUCAGGAAGAAGCUGCUCCUGUUGUUUCAUCCAGUUCUAGGAGAGGAACUCCCUUUGCAGAUAACGUUAAGGCAGCACCUGCAGCUUCUUUGCAUGGAGUUCAAGAAGGGCUUCAGAUUCCAGCACUCACACAGCUUCUGCACUCAGAGCCCCUUGCGUUGAGUUCAUCCAUUACCAGUGAAAAUGAGAAAAAAAUGGCCAGCGUGCAGGCACAACUGCGAGAGAGUGUUGCAAGCUACCAGGCAGAGCUCCUGAGUGCCCAGACUCGCCUUGUGGAACUGGAAGGCCAGGUACGUUGGCUGGAGCUAGAGAAGAAUCAGCAGAAACUGUUGCUGGAAAGUCUACAGCAGCAUUAUCGAGAUGACUUAGAACUCAUUGAGAAUGCUCACAGGAACCGCAUAAAGGUGAUUGAGGACUCGUACCGCCAGCGGGAGGAGCGCUUGAGGCAAGAGAACCAGGAGCUGGGGCAGCAAUACCUCUCCUAUUGCCAGAGCGCAGAACAAGCCAAAUCCGAGCUACUGGCCCAACAUCAGCACAGACUGACAGAGAUGGAGCAGGAGAAGGUCAAGGAGUUUGACAGGCUCCGAAAGCUUCAGCGGACAUCCAUCCAGCAGAUGCAUAAGGACCACGAAGAACAACUACAGCAGUUAAAACGGCUAAAGGAUCAGGAGAUCGACGCUGUGACCAGCGCCACCUCUUAUACCAGGUCUUUGAAUGGCAUCAUUGAACAGAUGGAGCAAUUCUCCAGCAACCUGAAUAACCUCUCCAGCAAAGUGGAGGCCACCCACCAUGCUACAUCGCAAGGGCUUGAGAUUGGUGUUCGCCAAAGAGAGAAACAACAACAGGUGCUGCAAAAUCAUCUGGCCCAUCAACAGAAAGACAUGGAAGAAGAACGAGGCCGGCUACAAGAGGUCAUCUCUAAAAUGGAGGCCAGGCUAAACGAGCAGACCCGCCUCCUCGAGCAGGAACGCUGGAGAGUGACAGCAGAGCAGUCUAAAGUGGCAGCUUUACAGCACUCUCUAGAAGAACAGAGAAGAGUCAUGACUCAGCAGCUGGCAAUGGAGAGGGAGGAGCUGGAGAGAGCAAAGAAUGUUUUGCUAGAGGAGCAGAAGUCAGUGAUGCAGAAAUGUGCGGAGGAGCGUCGCAAACUUGCUGCGGAAUGGUCAGAGCUCCACACUCAACAGAGACUCAGCAAGGAGCGCACUGAGCGGGAGGUUGACCGAGCUCUUCAAAUAGAUUCCCAGAGGGAAGGGGCCAUUAUGAACCUUGCAAAGGAGCAAGCAGACCUGAAAAUUAAAGCCAGUGAGCUGAGAUCCAAGGAGGAGCAGCUGGCUAGAGAGUGGGAGAGUCUCAAGCAAGAGCAGCAGCGGUUGAAAUUGGAAAAGGAAAAAAUAAAUGCAGCAGCUUUGACUAUCAAACAGAGGACAGAUGAAAUUGACAGUAUGAGUAAGCUGUCCUCACAGAGGUAUGAGGAGGGAGAGCGGGCCCUCCUGGAGGCGAGGAAGGUGGAGUUGGAGCAUCAGGCAAGGCUGCAGGCUCUCCAGCAGCAGAUGGAACGACUAAGGCAGCAGGAAGAAUAUCUGCACCAGGAGCGCCUCAGUUUGUCACAUCAGAGGAGGCAGCUUGAACAGCUACGGGACAGUCUUCCAAGCAAUCCACUGCUUUUCCAAGCCACACCCUGGAUGCCAUUAUCAGGAACUCAGGCCAACGCAAUAUCCAGCAUUCAGAUUCCUGUUACUGAUCUACCUAAAGUAGAUCUAGGCAACUCUGGAGCCUCCCAGGAUUUCUCAAGAACUGGACCAUUAGACCUCUAUGCCAAACUGGUGCUGCAUAAGCUUACAGCUGACAGGGAUAGUGAUUUCUUGGAAGAGGAGCGAUUCUUCUUGGAAACCCUGACGAAAGCUUCCUGCAAGACUUCAUCCCAAACAGCACGAUGAGGAGUUCUGGAGAUAGCACUGGCUAGCUUGGCGUUGCCUCUAAUAAAAAUAUUACAUUUAAAUUAA